AUGGAGCCUUCUAAAAUUACAUAGGAGCGCAAGAAAAUAUAUUUUUCCGACGUAUGCGCUCCGUUUUAAUAUAAUUUAAUAUACAAAAGUCUCGAUAAAAGUGUUCGACGCGUGUGCUAAUUGAAAUAAUCGUUUUAAACGCGACAUAAGAAGUUAAAACUGUGUGAUUUCGUUACUUAGUUACCGGAGAUUUUUUUUCAUAUUUUGAAAAGCCCAAAAAACAACAAACCAAAGUGUAUUAAAAGAAAACAUGCAAAGAAAACGUCCGCCGUCCAGAAUCAAAGUUAGACUAGAAUAAGAUAAAGUAACGUUAAGGAUAUGUGUAAAACACAGUAGAAGAUAGCUCGGAAUCCGCCAAAAUGCCCGUCGUAUCACCAUCUAGGUACAGCACCACAUCGUCAAGCCUCUCCGGCUCAUACAGGUCGACCCUGACCUCGUCUACAGUGGAAAAACCCUACUACAGAUCCACAAGCGAAAACUAUGGCACCAUACGCAGUUACGAAAAGUCAGAAUACAGAUCCAGAUUCUCUGACCUUGAUGGGAAUCGCGAGAGGAAGACCAUCGUCGAGCGCUCAAGGACGUCCAGAGCGCCGAGUAUCGCUGACUCUGACAGCGGUAUCUCUAGCAGGUACCGUUCAGAGAGAAGCGAAUCCCGGUCGAGGGAUAUUUCGACGACCAGAAGCGAAAGUAGUAAGACUUCGAGCGAUACAAUUGGGCGAAGAAGGCCUGUGAUCCCUUCAGCUGAUCUGGCGAUGUCUCACGCGGAUUGGUACAACAAAUAUUCGCCUGCAAACUACAUACCGUUGACGCAAAGGAUUCAACAACAACAACAACUAAAUCAGAACUUUGGAGAGAUUUCGAGGUCGAAGUCUAUAUCCAACGACAUCGGAAGGCCUCCCGUGUCUGACCCGACGCGCUUGGCCAGAAAAGCGAGGAACUCGGCAGCAACGAUUUCGGAGAGACCGGAACGAAGAUCGUAUAAGGAAAGCUCGCCAGUUUACAAGAGGGGGAUGCUAAACGGUGUCAAAGACACCAACGGCAACGAAGUACCCUCCGUCUCGGAGAUCAGAAAGAGGUUCGACCCGAAAAUGACCGUAACGAAACUACCCGCGAACGACUCGCGGUACACCGAACAGUAUCUAAACCAGCUCAAGGAUUGCGAGAACGGGACUGUAGGCUAUACGAAGGUAGUCCCCAAAGACGAAAAACCGGUACCCGUUCAUCUGCCGUACGAAAAGAACGGCUUGCGCUGGGAGAUAGGGUCGUCCAGCUCCCGGUCUAACUCUAACUCAGACCUGUCACUCAGUAAGACUAUAUCCGAGCCAGUGUGUUUAGCAAAACCUAUACAUGAUAGAAAUAGUUCCAUGUCCACCUCUCUCACCUCAAAACUGCCUUCCGACCGUCUAGCCAGCAUUAAAAGCCAGCUAGACCCAAACAAUCCAAUAGGAAAGAUUCUAGAAAAGUCGACAGUCAUUCACGUAGAAAAUGGCGAUUUGGAUUAUAAGAAAAAUAAUUCAGAUGGAAGUAAAAUUAAAGAUAUAAAGAGCGAUAUAGAGAAACAAACGAAAACACCCAAACACACGUCUAACUUCGCUUCGUACAUUCAGAUCUCGCAGCCCGUGGCGUCCGGAACGACGCCGAAAAAACAGAUAGACUUAAACCAUACAGUUACUGAGGAGUCACCUAAGAAUGAUGUGAAAGCAGAGCCAAGGAAACGAGCUAGUUUAAAGUACAUAGACUCUGAAGAUGAUAGAAUACUACUCGACAAUGAUAUCGAGUCUCCUAGCGGUACCGGUUUCGAGAACAAAACUUUUGAACAUGAGAAUUAUUUGAAGAAGAGAACGGAAAAGAAUGAAGAGGGAAAAGAGAAUUUGGAGGAGAUCAAGUCUAUGGAGACAAGUACUGAGAGUACUAUAAGUGAACCGACUGAUGAUAAUAACAUGAGCCCUGACACUCCGUCUUCCCGGAGAAGAGUUUUGGACACAAAGGAUUACGAUGAUAUUAAAGCGGAGUUGGCCGGUGGUAAGAGUGGGCCCAGUGGGUUGCGCAGGAGCAGCGAGAGAUCCGAGUCCGUUUCUGAAGGACGUACGGACAAACAGCCUAGUCAUACCAGUGGUUUGAACGGUCUCCGCAAUAUAGGCAACACAUGUUUCAUGAACAGCGUGCUCCAAUGCUUAUCAAACACGAAGCCACUGCUCGAGUACCUCUCCGAUGAUAAAUACACUGACGACAUCAACACCACGCUGUCUUGCAUGAAGGGGGCUCUUAUUAAAGCAUUCGGUAUAGUGAUAAAAGAGUUAUGGCGCAGCGGUGAGAAGGAUGCGGUGGUGAACACGACGGCGCUCAAGUCGCAGGUGCAGAGGUUCGCGCCCCGUUUCAUGGGAUACAGCCAACAGGAUGCACAGGAGUUCCUCCGCUACCUGCUCGAAGGGUUACACGAAGACGUGAACCGAGUGACCGUCAAACCGAAACCCAUCCUCACAGAGAUCGAUGACAACCUUAGUGACACAGCGAAGGCGGCGGAGGCGUGGAGUCGCUACCUGCGCAUGGAGGACAGUCGCGUCGGCGACAUCUUCGUCGGACAGCUCAAGUCCACGCUGCGAUGCACGCACUGCCACCACGACAGCGUCACCUUCGACCCCUUCUGGGAUCUCAGUCUGCCGAUCCCGUCCCGCACGGGCAACCUGAAGCUGCAGCAGUGCCUGUCCCACUUCACGCGCGAGGAGGAACUCGACGGCGAUGAAAAACCGACAUGUUCGAAGUGUGGUGUGCGCAGAAAGUGUCUGAAGUGGUUCACGGUACAGAAGUUCCCGCAGGUUUUGGUACUUCAUCUCAAGAGGUUCUCCCCGACGGAGCGUUUCCGCGGCAAGCUGAACGUGUUGGUGGAGUUUCCUCUGAGCAACCUGGACAUGUCUCCGUACGCCGCCACGCGAGGCCCCGCGCCCGUCUAUAAUCUUUACGCUGUCAGCAACCACUCCGGUACGACAUACUCGGGUCACUACACGGCGUACUGUAAGCACCCCUACACUGGGGAAUGGCACGAGUAUAAUGACUCGCGGGUGUCACCAAUAAACAGUCGCAAUGUGGUGUCUUCAGAGGCGUACGUCUUGUUCUACGAGUUGGCGCGACACACGUAGCACCCCUUGCCACCUAACCCCCCUUACCCCCCACACGUCACCCCACUACUCAGACACCGCCUGCAUCACACUCCGGCCGGUAUGACCCAAAAAUAUUGAAAUAUCUUGACUAUGAAUUUGAUGAAGCGAUUUUAAGACCAUUCUUUGGAACGUUUCUAAUUUUAUUUGGUAUGUAACUGCGAUCCCCCAAGUUGGUAUGGCAAG